AUGAUCAAGUUGGUCAUUAGGGGGUUUACGCUGCAUGUGCGUAGUAUUUAUGCUCUGAAGGUGGGCUUGGGAGAGGAGGUGAAAGCGGGGUUUUGGGAGGCUUUAGACGAGGUAGUGAGAGGCAUGCCUAGUUUGGAGAGAAUUGUCAUAACGGGGGACUUCAAUGGGCACAUUGGGGUUGUACCGGAAGGUUAUGACGAUGUGCAUGGAGGUUUUGGUUUUGAUGAUAGGAAUGAGGAGGGAGCAACUUUGUUAUAUUUUGCGAGGGCUUUUGGGUUGGUGGUGGUGAAUUCGAGCUUUUUGAAGAAGGAGGAUCACCUGAUUACCUUUCAAAGUGUGAUAACCAAGACUCAGAUUGACUUUAUGCUGCUAAGAAGGGGGGAUAGGGUUUUAUGUAAGAACUGUAAAGUCAUUCCGAGUGAGCAUCUUUUAAAUCAGCAUAGACUCCUGGUGAUGGACUUGUUUAUGAAAAGGAGAAAGAAGAGAAGGGUCAAUGAGGGUCGGCCUAGAAUUAGGUGGGGUGGCUUGAUGUCAGAUAGUGCGCUGAAGAUAGUAGAGAAAGUGGCGAUUUUAGGGGUAUGGGAUUGUAGGGGAGACGUGGAUGCCAUGUAG